AUGGUAACCCUGAAGGAGACAUCAGGAGUUCUUACCAGUCCUUACUAUCCAAGGCGUUACCCUUCUAACCAGAAAUGCGGCUGGAAAAUUACAGCUAAUGAAGGAGAACGCAUUGUGUUGGUCAUUGAAGACCUUCAUAUUCGGGACUGUGGGUCAUCUUGCACGUGUGAUUAUCUGGAAAUACAAAAUGGCUCUUCCUCUGAUGGUAUUUCAGGCAGGCGACGAUGUAGAUUUUAUAAAGACCGUGGGAUAGUAUACCAUUCGGUAAAAGAUGUCCUGAGGUUGACGUUUGUUUCUGAUAGUGGUAUACGUACUGACCGGUACUACCGUGGAUUUAAGGCAACUUACAUUAAAGUGAAAUAUAUUGCAACAACCACUGGUAAGUUAUUUAGAAAUCGGCUUUAAACAAUAAGUUAAAGGAUUAAGUGCAGGCGAUCAACUUUCAACCAAGUUAUAUGAAAUAUCAUUGCCUUAUAACAGGCUUAUAGUAACUGUAAUAUUCAAAUACUUUACGGAGUAAAACAACCCACAAUAAAACGCCGAUCAAAUGCCAACAAUUUUCAUUCCCAUGGUGUUAAAAGUGUUUGGUGGAAAAUCUCCUAUUUUUUCAUAAUUAUCUAUUACAAAGCUUUCGAUUUGGUUUUUUGUUUUGCUUUGUCUUUUUUUUGUUUCAGACAGAUUACUCUUUGAUUUUGUAUUAUAAAGCUAGAUCACAGUUUAUUUCCUCUUGUUCUAGCUUGUACGUCUGGCGAAUACCUUAAUGGAUGUAGUGGAUUCUUUUCAACUCCAAAUUUUCCAAAUAACUAUCCUCAAUACAGCAUGUGUACCUGGAAUAUCACAGUUCCCAGUGGGUACAUAAUUAAACUCAGCUUCCUCAACUUUCGAUUGGAGCCAUAUCAGUACAAUCCCUGCUAUUAUUAUACUCCAGGAGCCCGUGUUACAGUCACAAAUGUUACUUCAGAUGGUGGGUAUCAACCGUUCAUGCUGUGCGGUCAACAACAUCCAGAUCCAGUGUACUCUGUGGGGAAUUCCGUUCAAGUCAUAUUCACGUCUCUGAGCAGUCAGUACUCAGGGUUUAAUGCAACUUACACGGCUAUCACUUAUAGUUCAGGUACGUGGGAUACAUUAUAAAAACAAAAACAAUUACUUUUUAUGAGGUUAGAUCGAUCUCACACUAUCAGACAAUGUCGGUACUUAACAGGCGACCAAAAGAAUCGACACCGAAAUUAUUGACGUAUUACUGCUUGAAAAUGUAAAAGAGCAAAAGAGGAACACGAUUGGAUCGGUAAAACUGAACAAGAUAUAGCAUUCAGGUAUAUUUAAAGAACACGUGUAUUUCAAGUUUGUCGUCUUUACAUCGUACGCAAGUCUGAUGCUCUCGAGAAUCAUCAGUUUCUACGUGGAGAUGACAAUUUUGUUCGCCUACGAGGUCUCUUUUAAGGCUCAGAGUCAACAAAGAAAGAUCAAAGUAUCGAAAAUAACGUGGCUUAAAGCCUUAAAAUAACCAAGAUAUACGGGAUAACAUAAACUCGUGCUUGACAAGUAUUGUAGUACUAUUUAAGACAUGGAUUUUUCUUGGUGAUGCAGUGGAGUGUGGUUAGAAUGAUAUGAUUAGAACGCCAAGAAUGAGAUUUCUCGAAACUGAUUUUGAAAUGGCAUAUAUAUAUUUUUUUCUUAUUCAUUUGGAACCAAUCGACAAAUAUGUUCAUACACCACCGUAGCUCCCUCGAAAACUACACCCGAUUCCAGACCAAAAUGGACAAAGUCUAUAACCGUUUUUAGACAAAAAAGGCGCAAAAACCAUACCAAUUUCUUUCUACAACAAGAUAAUCUGUAUCUAGAAUGAUUUGAAUCAUCACACGCCGUUUCCCCAUUUUCCGUCAGUUCUUCACUCUUUCUCGCUAACUUUGCUUUACAUAGUGAAGAGCCUCUCUGGGUCAUUGUCAUAUAUUUUUAGAUUUUUAUUGCUUGCAGGUUCUUAACCCUGAGAAGAAAAUUUUGUAUGAAAACAUGUGUCUAAACCUCUAUGUAAUCCUGUAGUUGAGAAUAAACAGCAUAAAAAGCUGAUCGAUCGCGCAAAGCCUGAUGAUGUACACCUACCUUUCCAACAGUUCCUUCUUAUUACCAUUUUGAUUUAUACGGCGGAAUUUUAACCAAAACUGUAGUUGAGCAACGGUCAAUUUUUCUAUAUCUCUUCUUCACUGAAGUCAGCAAGAGGAAUGUUCCCUCAAGUAAGUCCGCCACGUUAGUUAUUAGGUACCUUACGCUCCGAUGACGCGAUGACAACGAGGACGUCGUCAAAAAAGCAAUAGGUUUGCAUGGCAAAACAACAACUUUGUACGUGCAUCACACUUUUUUCUACAUUUCUUUUUAUUGAGGACGUAAACAAGCGACGACCAAAAUUUAUUUCUCUUUUGGAACUUGGAAAGGGAUCCUAGCAAUUCAACUCCAGGGGGUUCGCUUACCUUUGAUAAAGAAAAUGGGUAGGAAUAAUCGCAAUACAGGCUGAAAGAACUUAAAUUCACCUUUUAAGUGACGGUUUUGCUGCCAUCGCCUCAUCGGAUCGUAAAGUGCCUAUUUUAAAUUUAAAAAUCUCACAUCCAUACAACGUCCGUUUUUUUUUUUUCUGAAAUCCGAGUAUUAAAGAAUUUCUUUGAGGCGCUUUCCAUUCAACCCAAAAUUUUGAAAUUUUCGGUUGGUACAUCAAAUGGAACGGACCGUUUUGAUUUGGUCUGACCGGAACAUUCGGGACCAGCUUUGAAGGUGGUCCUCUUUCACCGGUCUGGUUAUUUCGGUCGUUAGGACCGAAAUGUUCCUUUCCAUGUGACAAAAUUGUUGUUCCCAGUACUGCUCCCUUGUAUCCUGGUUACAAGAACAAUAACGAAACGCGCGGUAGCUUGGGUCGGGUCUAUGCAACCAGAAUGUACCGAUCCAUUGGGCUCAUAAAUUUCCGAAAUUUCAAAUAGGAAUUUUUGUUGAAUGGAAAGCGCCCUUGGUGUUUUGGGCUCCAUUUUCGGGGAAGAAAGCUCCCCUGCAAGAGCCAAACAUGUACGGUGAACGGUCGAGUUUGGAGGUAAACGUCUUCGUAUAAGAAGAUUACGACAGCAACGCGAUAGAUGCUGGCCUCUUGUUGGGCACAAAAUUAUCGUUUUGCACCAAAUCACAGACAAGCCUUCGAAUAAGUCGUGGAACUGGUUCGUUAAGAGUAGCAUUCCAGAGGCUCUCUCGCCCGUUCUUGAAAACUUUUGCCGCCGUUUUUCCUGACUCAACUGACCGACACUGGGUCUCCGAGGAUGCUUCUACCAAAGUAAUAAAUUAAAAUAAUUUUUACAAGUGCCCACGAACAUAUUUCUCAUAGUUCAUGUUGAGUUGUUUGUGAAUUUUCCUAAUGUAGCUGUUGUUCACAUGGACUUUCAUAACAAAUAAAGACAACCUGAACGACAGAACAAAUCUUCGUGUUAAAGUAAGCGCAGGCACCUAAUACCUACUAAAAUGUUCGUUUGAGUUAUGGAACGGUCACUCUUAAAAAAAAACAUCGAUCGUAAGAAGGCAGUCAAUCGUUUGUGAUUUGUUCACAAUAUAAUCUCGAUAAUUAAAAAAAAAGGUUAUUCCAGACACAAACCAAAAAAGGCUUCUGGCGCAUCCCUAAAUUAUGAAAUCCCUCCGUCCCGCAUUUAAUUUUGAUCUAAUUUGUUCUCACGUUAACUAGAUUCUUCCUUGAAAGUGGUAUAUCUAUAAUACUAAUUGUCCUCGAUACUUAUAGUCGGUCCAUUUAUAUUGCUUGCAGUCUGUCCCAAUAUGGCAACCCUGAAGGAGACAUCAGGAGUUCUUACCAGUCCUUAUUAUCCAAGGCGUUACCCUUCUAACGAGAAUUGCAGCUGGAAAAUUACAGCAAGUGAAGGGGAACGCAUUGUGUUGGUCAUUGAAGACCUUUAUAUUCAGAACUGUGGUUCAUCUUGCACGUGUGAUUACCUGGAAAUACAAAAUGGCUCUUCCUCUGAUGGUAUUUCAGGCAGGCGAAGAUGUAGAUACAAUAAAGACCGUGGGAUAGUAUACCAUUCAGCAAAAGAUGUCCUGAGGUUGAUGUUUGUUUCUGAUAGUGGUACUUACGGGGGGUAUCGUGGAUUUAAGGCAACUUACAUUAAAGUGAAAUAUAUUGCAUCAACCACCGGUAAGUUAUUUAGAAAUCGGCUUUAAACGCAAAGUUAAAAGGUUAUGUGCGGGCGAUCAUGCAUGAUCAGGUGAUCAACUUUCAACCAAGUCAUAUGAAAUAUUAUUGCCUUAUAACAGGCUUAUAGUAAGUGUAUAAUAUUCAAAUACUUUACGGAGUAAAACAACCCACAAUAAAAUGCCGAUCAAACGCCAACAAUUUUCAUUCGCAUGAUGUUAAAAGGCCGGAGGUUUGGUGGAAAAUCUCCUAUUUUUUUAUAAUUAUCUAUUGCAAAGCAUUUGAUUUGGUUUUUUGUUUUGCUUUGUCUUUUUUUUGUUUCAGACAGAUUACUCUUUGAUUUUGUAUUAUAAAGCUAAAUCACAGUUUAUUUCCUCUUGUUGCAGCUUGUACCUCUGGCGAAUACCUUAAUGGAUUUAGUGGAUUCUUUUCAACUCCAAAUUUUCCAAAUAACUAUCCUCAGUACAGCAGAUGUACCUGGAAUAUCACAGUUCCCAGAGGGUACAUAAUUAAACUCAGCUUCCUCUACUUUCAAAUGGAGCCAUAUCAGUACAGUCCCUGCUAUUAUGAUGCUCCAGGAGCCCGUGUUACAGUCACAAAUGUUGCUUCAGAUGAUGGGUAUCAAUCGUUCAUGCUGUGCGGUCAACAACUUCCAGAUCCAGUGUACUCUGUGGGGAAUUCCGUUCAAGUCAUAUUUACGUCGCUGAGCAGUCAAUACUCAGGGUUUAAUGCAACUUACUCGGCUAUCACUUAUAGUUCAGGUACGUGGUGUACAUUAAUUAUAAAAACGAAAACAAUGACUUUUUAUGAAGUUAGAUCGAUCUCACACUAUCAGACAAUGUCGGUACUUAACAGGCGACCAAAAGAAUCGACUCCGAAAUUAUUGACGUAUUACUCCUUGAAAAUGUAAAAGAGCAAAAGAGGAACACGAUUGGAUCGGUAAAACUAAACAAAGUAUUGCAUUCAGGUAUAUUUAAAGAACACGUGUAUUUCAAGUUUUUCGUCUUUACAUUAUACGCAAGUCUGAUACUCUCGAGAAUCAUCAGCUGCUACGUGGAGAUGACAAUUUUGUCCACCUAAGAGGUCUCUUUUAAGGCUCAGAGUCAACAAAGAAAGAUCAAAUUAUCGAAAAUACCGUGGCUUAAAGCCUUAAAAUAACCAAGAUAUACGGGAUAACAUAAACUCGCGCUGGAUAAGUAUUGUAGCUAGUACUUUUUAAUUAAGAUAUGGAUAUUUCUUGGUGGUGCAGCGGAGUAUGGUUAGAAUGCUAUGAUUAGAACGCUAACAAUGAGAUUUCUCAAAAUUGAUUUUGAAUUUGCAUAUUUUGUUCUUUUUUUCUUAUUCAUUUGAAACCAAUCGAUAAAUAUGUUCAUACACCACCGUAGCUCCCUCGAAAACUAUACCCGAUUCCAGACUAAAAUGGGCAAAGUCUAUAACCGUUUUUAGACAAAAACGGCGCAAAAUCCAUACCUAUUUCUUCCUACAACUGAGAUAAUCUGUACCUAGAAUGAUUUGAAUCAUCACACGCCGUUUCCCCAUUUUCCCUCAGUUCUUCAAUCUGUCUCGCUAACUUUGCUUUACAUAGUGAAGAGCCUCUCUGGGUCAUUGUCAUAUAUUUUUAGAUUUUUAUUGCUUGCAGGUUCUUAACCCUGAGAAGAAAAUUUUGUAUGAAAUCUUGUAGUUGAGAAUAAACAGCAUUAACAGCUGAUCGAUCGCGUAAAACCUGAUGAUGUACACCUAUACCUUUCCAACAGUUCCUUCUUAUUACCAUUUCGAUUUACAUGGCGGCAUUUUAACCAAAACUUUAGUUGAGCAACGGUCAGUUUUUCCAUAUCUCUUCUUUACUGAAGCCAGCAAGAGGAAUGUUCCCUCAAGUAAGUCCCCCAUGUUAGUUAUUAAGUACCUUACGCUCCGGUGACGCGAUGACAACGAGGACGUCGUCAAAAAAAGGAAUAGGUUUACAAGGCAAAACAACAACUUUGUACGUGCAUCACAGUUUUUUCUACAUUUCUUUUUAUUGAGGCCGUAAACAAGCGACGACCAAAAUUUAUUUCUUUUUCUGAACUUGGAAAGGGAUCCUAGCAAUUCAACUCCAGGGGAUUCGCUUACCUUUGAUAAAGAAAAUGGGUAAGAAUAAUCGCAAUAAAGGCUGAAAGAACUUAAAUUCACUUUUUAAGUGAUGUUUUUGCUGCCAUCGCCUCGUCGGAUAGUAAAGUCCCUAUUUUAAAUUAAAGAUCUCACAUCCAUUCAACUUCCGGUUUUUUUUUCUGAAAUCCGAGUAUUAAAGAAUUUCUUUGAGGCGCUUUCCAUUCAACCCAAAAUUUUGAAAUUUUCGGUUGGUACAUCAAAUGGAACGGACUGUUUUGAUUUGGUCUGACCGGAACAUUCGGGACCAGCUUUGAAGGUGGUCCUCUUUCACCGGUCUGGUUAUUUCGGUCGUUAGGACCGAAAUGUCCCUUUCUAUUUGACAAAAUUGUUCCCAGUACUGCUCCCUUGUAUCCUGGUUACAAGAACAAUAACAAACGCGCGGUGGCUUGGGUCGGGUAUAUGCAACCGGAAUGUACCGAUCCAUUCGACUUGUAUAUUUCCGAAAUUUCAAAUCGGAAUUUUUGUUGAAAGGAAAGCACCCUUGGUGUUUUGGGCUCCAUUUUCGCGGGAGAAAGCUCCCUUGCAAGAGCCAAACAUGUACGGUGAACGGUCGAGUUUGGAGGUAAACGUCUUCGUAUAAGAAGAUUACGACAGCAACGCGAUAGAUGCUGGCCUCUUGUUGGGCAUAAAAUUAUUGUUUUGUGCCAAAUCACAGACAAGCCUUCGAAUAAAUCGUGGAACUGGUUCGUUAAGAGUAGCAUUCCAGAGGCUCUCUCGCCCGUUCUUGAAAACUUUUGCCGCCGUUUUUCCUGACUCAACUGACUGACACUGGGUCUCCGAUGAUGUUUCUACCAAAGUAAUAAAAAUAAUCUUUACAAGUGCCCACGAACAUAUUUCUCAUAGUUCAUGUUGAGUUGUUUGUGAAUUUUCCUAAUGCAGCUGUUGUUCACAUGGGCUUUCAUAACAAAUAAAGACAACCUGAACGACAGAGCAAAUCUUCGUGUUAAAGUAAGCGCAGGCGCCUAAUACCCACUAAAAUGUUCGUUUGAGUUAUGGAACGGACUCCAUACACAAACCAGAAAAAGCUUCAGGCGCAUCCCUAAAUUAUUAAAUCCUUCCGUCCCGCAUUUGGUUUUGAUCUAAUUUCUUCUCACGUUAACUAGAUUCUUUCUUGAAAGUGGUAUAAUUCUAAUUGUCUUCGAUACUUACGGUCGGUCCAUUUAUAUUGCUUGCAGUCUGUCCCAAUAUGGCAACCCUGAAGGAGACAUCAGGAGUUCUUACCAGUCCUUAUUAUCCAAUGCGUUACCCUUCUAACGAGAAUUGCAGCUGGAAAAUUACAGCAAGUGAAGGGGAACGCAUUGUGUUGGUCGUUGAAGACCUUUAUAUUCAGAACUGUGGUUCAUCUUGCUCGUGUGAUUACCUUGAAAUACAAAAUGGCUCUUCCUCUGAUGGUGUUUCAGGCAGGCGAAGAUGUAGAUCAGAUAAAGACCGUGGGAUAGUAUACCAUUCAGCAAAAGAUGUCCUGAGGUUGACGUUUGUUUCUGAUAGUAGUACUUGCUCGUGGUGUCGUGGAUUUAAGGCAACUUACAUUAAAGUGAAAUAUAAUGCAACAACGACCGGUAAGUUAUUUAGAAAUCGGCUUUAAACGAUAAGUUAAGGGUUUAUGUGCAGGCGAUCAGGUGAUCAACUUUCAACCAAGUUAUAUGAAAUAUUAUUGCCUUAUAACAGGCUUAUAGUAACUGUAAUAUUCAAAUACUUUACUGAGGAAAACAAUUCAACCCACACUAAAAUGCCGAUCAAAUGCCAACAAUUUUCAUUCGCACGGUGUUAAAAGUGUUUGGUGGAAAAUCUCCUAUUUUUUUAUAAUUAUCUAUUGCAAAGCUUUCGAUUUGGUUUUUUGUUUUGCUUCGUGGUUUUUUUUGUUUCAGACAAAUUACUCUUUGAUUUUGUAUUAUAAAGCUAAAUCAUAGCUUAUUUCCUCUUGUUGCAGCUUGUACGUCUGGCGAAUACCUUAAUGGAUUUAGUGGAUUCUUUUCAACUCCAAAUUUUCCGAAUAACUAUCCUCAAUACAGCAUGUGUACCUGGAAUAUCACAGUUCCCAGCGGGUACAUAAUUAAACUCAGCUUCCUCUACUUUCGAUUGGAGCCAUAUCAGUACAGUCCCUGCUAUUAUAAUGCUCCAGGAGCCCGUGUUACAUUCACAAAUGUUACUUCAGAUGAUGGGUAUCAACCGUUCAUGCUGUGCGGUCAACAACAUCCAGAUCCAGUGUACUCAGUGGAGAAUUCCGUUCAAGUCAUAUUUACGUCUCUGAGCAGUCAAUACUCAGGGUUUAAUGCAACUUACACGGCUAUCACUUAUAGUUCAGGUACGUGGUAUGCAUUAUAAAAACAAAAACAAUUACUUUUUAUGAAGUUAGAUCGAUCUCACACUAUCAGACAAUGUCGGUACUUAACAGGCGACCAAAAGAAUCGACUCCGAAAUUAUUGACGUAUUACUCCUUGAAAAUGUAAAAGAGCAAAAGAGGAACACGAUUGGAUCGGUAAAACUGAACAAAGUAUUGCAUUCAGGUAUAUUUAAAGAACACGUGUAUUUCAAGUUUGUCGUCUUUACAUUGUACGCAAGUCUGAUGCUCUCGAGAAUCAUCAGCUGCUACGUGGAGAUGACAAUUUUGUCCGCCUAAGAGGUCUCUUUUAAGGCUCAAAGUCAACAAAGAAAGAUCAAAUUAUCGAAAAUACCGUGGCUUAAAGCCUUAAAAUAACCAAGAUAUACGGGAUAACAUAAACUCGUGCUGGAGAAGUAUUGUAGUACUAUUUAACAUAUCGAUUUUUCUUGGUGGGGCAGUUGAGUAUGGUUAGAAUAGUAUGAUUAGAACGCCAACAAUGAGAUUUCUCAAAAUUGAUUUUGAAUUUGCAUAUUUUGGUUUUUUUUCUUAUUCAUUUGGAACCAAUCGAUAAAUAUGUUCAUACACUCCCGUAGUUCCCUCGAAAACUGUACCCGAUUCCAGACCAAAAUGGACAAAGUCUAUAACCGUUUUUAGACAAAAACGGCGCAAAAACCGUACCAAUUUCUUUCUACAACUGAGAUAAUCUGUAUCUAGAAUGAUUUGAAUCAUCACACGCCGUUUCCCCAUUUUCCCUCAGUUCUUCAAUCUGUCUCGCUAACUUUGCUUUACAUAGUGAAGAGCCUCUCGCUGGGUACACCUACCUUUCCAACAGUUCCUUCUUAUGACCAUUUUGAUUGAUACGGCGGCAUUUUAGCCAAAACUUUAGUUGAGCAACGGUCAAUUUUUUUUAUAUCUCUUCUUCACUGAAGCCAGCAAGAGGAAUGUUCCCUCAAGUAAGUCCGCCAUGUUAGUUAUUAGGUACUUUACGCUCCGAUGACGCGAUGACAACGAGGACGUCGUCAAAAAAGCAAUAGGUUUACAAGGCAAAACAACAACUUUGCAGGUGCAUCACACUUUUUCCUUUAUUUCUUUUUAUUGCAUGAGGACGUAAACAAGCGAGGACCAAAAUUUAUUUCUUUUUCUGAACUUGGAAAGGGAUCCUAGCAAUUCAACUCCAGCGGUUUCACUUACUUUUGAAAAAGAAAAUGGUUAGGAAUAAUCGCAAUAAAGGCUGAAAGAACUUAAAUUCACUUUUUAAGUGACGUUUUUCCUGCCAUCGCCUCAUCGGAUCGUUAAGUCCCUAUUUUAAAUUUAAAAGUCUCACAUCCAUACAACUUUCGGUUUUUCUUUUCUGAAAUCCGAGUAUUAAAGAAUUUCUUUGAGGCGCUUUCCAUUCGAACCAAAGUUCCGAAAUUUUCGGUUGGUACAUCAAAUGGAACGUACCAGUUUGCUUUGGUCUGAGCGGAACAUUCCGGACCAGCUUUGUAGGAACUCCGCUUCAAAACGCACUGCGCAUGAGCACAAAAUUUAACAUCCGGUCAGCUUUUUAUUUCCGGUGUAGUGUAUAGACCAAAUGCGUAAGCAUAACUUUGCCGUCGCGCCAAGUUUAAAAGCAAAAAGGGGGCGAAAAAAAUCACUUCAUUCGAUAGCUUACAUAUUUUUCUUGUAUCAAACUUUUGCACCACAUGGUUAUCUGGUUGCAUCAACGGUGAAAAGGUCAGCACUCGUUAACAUCCGUCGAAAGGCCCUCUUAUCUUCGGUCGGAUUUCGUAAACGUAUGCUGAUUCAUCUGCACUUCGAUCGUCUAUAUCCGAGAUUUCAUCCCACUUUUUCGAUCAUUCCUCGAUUGAUUCCAAUCAAUUCAAACAAGAAGAUGCCACUGCCUCCGUUUAAAGGAUGUUUUGAUGUUUCAAGCCUCUUCUUACUCCGCGGGGAAAAGGAACUUUCAGUGGAUGUUACUGAAUAACAUGCUUGGAAUGGCCCUAGAUCACCAGGCUGUGUAUCUAGGUGACAAUUAUAGCGGAGCUCCGCGCGAAGCGCGCCUGCGGAGCACCAUGGGUAAAUAAAUCUACCCAUCCCAGAAAAUUUGGUAAUCACGUGACCGACCGACCGAGCGACCGACCGACCGUCCGUCCGAACAAAGGCACAUCAGUGUUUACUCUCACACUUUCUAGCUGCUUUGGGAGCCCAGGAGAAAGCUGAUUGCACAUCAAUGUUGUGAUCAAUUUACAGCUGUCAAAACAGGGUAUCCGCUGACCAGUAUCACCUGGCCGUAUCGCGGGCUCAGGUGUCGAUCCAUCGAGGUCCAGUAUUUUUUGAAGUUAUCCGCUGACAAUUUACUCGUUUUCAAAUGAUCGCAGGCUCACGUUUACUUUUUUUAAAAUUCAUAUGUAAUAUCAUUGUGUUUAUGUCAGUAUCGCACCGCACUAUUACGAUUUCAAACUGACCUGAGACGCAAAAAUUCAGCCAGUUUUUUUUAUUUUAAAAUACAGGAGGGGAAGACCUUUUCUUACCAUGGUCACGGUUGGUCACGCUCCACGUCCAAUUUUUAUGCUCUGAUUGGUUAAAAUUUGACAGGUGAGUUCAUGCGUAAAAUUUAUGCAGCAUCUUGAAAGUUGUUUGCUUUGACAGCUGAAGCUGACAGAGGUUUGAGUCAACUUGUGAUGUUUUUAACUGUUUUUUUUUCCACUGGAUGUACAAAAUGAAAUACAGCUGCUAUCAAGAGUGUUCUCUUGUUCAUGGCUGGUUUGUUUAUUGGGUUUUUGGUUGAGAAGUGCGUCGCUUGUCAAAGCCGAUAAUCCGAUUUCGGAUGGCAUCGUUUUUGUUUUUCACCUUGCUGGAUGCGUACGAGAAUUAUAAAGGCUCAAGCGAUCCUUGCCUCACUUGAUAGCUUUCAGGAGCUGCAUCUCGAAAUAUGGUAAGCUUAAGUAAUUAUUGUAUUGAAAUAUAACUUCAUGAAGUCCAGCGGCGCAGUUUAUGAAGCUAGUUUAUGCACGUUUGUAUUAAGAUUUGACUGAGACACCGAUCUGACCUAGUAUGAGGUUUGAUAUAAGCUUAAGCUUACAGAACUUUAAAAAGCCUUUAGUCGAUAUUAAAUCACCGUAAAUAGAAAGAAAAAACUUUCCGAAGAAUAUUUAGUUAUAAUUUUGGCUGUAGAAAGAAACGUUUGAGCGAUUUUCUUGUCGUGAGUCAUCUUUGAAAACAGCAAACACCGGGAAACCGGCGGCUUAAAACAUAAACUUAAUCUUUAAGCUUACUAGUAAAGACUUGAGGAUUCUUAGAGACACUUAAAUACUCAUUUGUUUUCGUGAAUGAAAAUUGUUGUCUCUGUAAAUGUUCUACCGAAUGAUAUUUCUUUAUUGAUUGUUGGUAGUCUCAAAAGUGUGAUUUUCAUCUCUUUGCCGUUUGUUUUCAGCCGUUCAUAAACAUCCGCUUGCAGGAGUACUCAAAAUGCCAAGCGUCUCAAACGCUUUUUGAGAUUACACAUCGUUUCUUUAUCACGUUGAAGGGUAACUCUUUUAAAAUUUCUUCGCAAAUUUGGCGCUUGUCAAAAGUUAGAACCGGAUGGCCGUAGAGGUGAUUUUGGAAAUUUUUUGAACGGUUUCACUAAUUAAAAGUCCACGCGUACUUCGAUGGCCCUGAAUAUUGAAUCAACUCAAUUUGUCUUGAAAGAUUGUGAAAUACUGCAUUUUGUACGAGGUCUGUAUGAUAAAAACAGCGCCUCAUAGUACUCUUUCUCCUCAGAUGUGGUCUAUAAAAAAUAAUAAAAGAUUGGUUUGCACGCACCCAGAUUUAUUGGCAAGAAUUUGUAAACUUGUCGAACGAAAAAAUUCGGUCUGAUUUGUUUUCCAAGAAUUUGUUUUCCACGCCUUAUCUACUGUGAUCAAGAGCCAUUAUUGCUCUUAAAUGUGACCGAAGACUAUUUUUUGGGUGUACAUAUAGGGCUAUAUCAACUCGAUACAAGAUUUGCUUCACUCCAAAAUCACUUAGCUUUUCCCUCAAAAGUCACAUGAAUGUGCCCUUAAGUUAACUGAUUUGUGGAAUAUAAAAUUAUUGUUUGAUUAAGUUAUAAAAAUAUCAAUGGGAGCUUCGCUUUUAGCUGUGGCUAAAUCUCUAUAUUACAUUAUCACUUUCCUUAUUGAAUACAUGUACAUAUAAAGUGUAAAAAUCGCUAUACUUAUAUUUCACACUUGAGGAGAAGGAUAAAUAUUGUUAUUUAUUAUCCCACUAUUAUGUUAUUUACCAUAUAAGGUCAAGAGAAUGCGCAAAAUAUGAGGCGGUAAUAAUGAUAUUAUUUGAUAAUAUUUCUGUCUGAUUUGGUUAAAAUGACUGGUCACUAGGUUUUCACCUGGCACAGGGCACAGUGUACCUUAAAGCCUCUUCUGCUGUGAUUGUUCCCUCAACUUCUUUUACAGUAAAGGCAUGUCAUUCUUGCAAAAAAGAAAAUGCUCUGUCAUUUGAUCAAGUAGAGCAGAUGCUAUUUAAUUUUAUGAAGCAAAAACAAACAUGGAAAAGUAAUUAUACAAAAGUAAGAUUGUUUUUCCUUGUUUGAUCAUCAUUAAACUUCCCUUCAGUUUUCUUGUGCAUUAUUGGCUGUGUGAUUUGACUGGUGGGUCGAUUUCUGAUGCACUCUCGAUCCUCCUUUCUUCCUCUAUAUGUUAAUUUGUUUUCUUAUUUAGUAACAAAGUGUUGAACAAAUUACUCAGGAAUUAUGCUGGUUGUGAAAGGCAUCUGUUCAACCGAAGUGCCCCAUACAGUGGUGGAUCCAGACCUUCAGAUAAGGGGGGGGGAGGGGGGAGGGGGGGGACGGUCAUCCAGACCCUUAGAUAAGGGGGGGCGGGGCGGUCUCCAAAAAGAUUUUUUUCGGCCCUUCGGGCCUGAGUUUGGUCUAAAAUAAAGGAGGGGCCCGAGCCCCCCCGGCCACCUCCCCUAGAUCCACCACUGCCAUAGAGAGAGGAGUAAUUGCUAUAGCUAUGAUCUGUCAUGUGGGCAACUAUUCUGCAAAGAAUUUUAGGUCUGAUUUGACCGAUCUAUAUGGAUUUUUGUUAACAAGAAAAGAUGUCUUUACUUACAAUAGUUUCGAUUAAUCAAGAUUUUUAACAUAGAAAUUAACCCAUUCGCCCCUGAACCGCCCUUAACCGCCCGUGCGGAUCCAGGUCCUUUCUACCCUUUGUGACGUCAUCAGUUUUAACGGUCAAGGACAACUUUCUUCGCUAACUUGUGCAGAGUGAAGAGAUCUUUCAAACCAUACCAGAAUGAGCACAAUCUAGUCAAGGACACCGGAGAAAGAAGCAAAAAACCACGUGACAAGGACCUGAAAAUCUCCAUGAAAAUCUUGUUCCAUUACCUACCUACCUUUCCCUUCACCUAAUCCUAAGAUCCUAAAAGCUUUCCCAAAAACUCUUCCCACCAAAAUGAAGCCUACUAAAUGCCCAGCAAGAGAAAAAAAAAAUGAGGCAAGAAAAGCGAAAAAAGAAGGGAGGAGAGAAAGCGAAAAGUAAAAGUCAAGACUGCUGUAUCACUUUUAAACCCAAAAACUGUCGAAAUUUUGCUUUCUGCGCAUGCCCGAACUUCGCAAGCUCAUAUUUUGCAUCUGGAUCAGAAGGCCGCCAAGUGUACGACCUGUAAACCGGUUUGUGGUAAGUUUUAGCUCUUUAUAGCAAGACAGUGACCAGAAAACCACUCGACUAGCUUCAAAACGCGUUUUUCGGCAAAAUCUCCAGGAGCGAAUGGGUUAAUUGCUGUGAAGCCAGAUUAGUGUUUGUUAGUAAGAGGUGCAUCUAAGCUUAUAGGAGGUGUCGAUUGACGGAGGUUCUGUACAGUACCUGAUGGAAAUUGGGAUUUUUUCCCCUGCUCAAGUUCUGUACAAACUAAAUGUCAUACAUGCUAAUGCUUCCAACAGUAGUUUAAGAACAUGAGUGAUGUUCAGAAUACUGAAAGUUUAAAAAUAUUUCUUUGUCUAACAAUGUAAAUUAUAAUAAUUAUAAUCAUUACUAUUACAUUAUUAUUGUAUCAAUUACAGUGAAACCUGUAUUAAGCAGGCACCUUCGGGACCUUCCCAAGUGUCUGCUUAAUAGAGGGUGUCCGCUUAAUAGAGUUUUAAAAAUUGCACAAUGUUUGUUAACGAUCAACAUUUAACGGUUACUCUGUACUGUGAAAAAGUUGCAUGUUGUUAAAAAAGCUAUCGAGAGUUCAAGUUCGUUACCUUUCAUUACCAACUUCCAUUUGUUUGUAAAUGCAAAAACAUUAACUGACUUCAGUACGUAUUUCAAGAACGUAAUCCAAUACUACUAUUGUCAAUUCAGUCCAGCGUCUGCUUACUAGAGGUUUUUAACAAUAGAAAUUAGCUAAAUACAACUUAUUUAGAGGUGUCCGCUGAAUAGGGGUUUGUUAUAAAGGGAAAUAUCAGACCUCCGUUUCGGGACCCGGUUUAAUGUCCGCUUAAUUGGAGGUUUGCUUAAUAGAGGUUCCACUGUAAAAUAUUAUAGUCAUUGCUAUUACAAAUUGUGGCAAUACUAUGCAAAAUAUGCUUACCAUGCAGACAAACUCAGCCACAGUCAUAGCUGUUUGCUUGAAAGGGAAUUGUCUUUAAUGUAAAUAGCAGGGCGGCGGGCUUGCCCCCACCCCCCUUCCCUACUACCACCGCAGCCAUGUUUCUCAACCCAAAAUUGGUCAAGUGCAAAUGUUAAGAUUUUAUUGAACACCAGUUGUAGCAUCCAGGGCGCACGUUUUCUACCCUCCGACGACUCAACAAGCACCAUGAAGCAGGAUUGUUUUAGCCUUUGUUUGAACAACUGCCUACUGAUGCAUACCAGGCCAACUGUCCAUUGCGGAUUCUAUGGACACUGUUAAGAUCUCAAAGAGGUUUGCUUGUGCCAACGAACUAAGCAAAUGACAUUUUGGGAAAUUGGAGUAGGGCUAUGAUCAACGGCCCACUUUGUAUAUAACACUGGCGGAUCUAGGGGAGGAGCCUGGGAGGCCCGGGCCUCCCUCUCAUUUUUAGACCAAACUGAGGCCGCGCCCGAAGGGCCGAAAACAAUUUUUUGGAGACCGGGCCACCCCCCUCCCCCCUUAUCUCAGGGUCUGGAUGACCGGGUGCCCCCCCUAUCUUUCACUGUAUAAUUAUAUACAGCCUUUGCUUGCUUUGUAGUCCUUGUAGAGGGAACUUGCGAGUAUUGCGAGUCUCAAAAUCUUCGAUUAGCUUUGUGCUUCUUCAGCGGAUGAAACAGAAUAUAAAUCAUCACACAUCUUAGUGCAAGAAUAGCUUUCUGUUGUUUAAUACUGGUAUACUUAGCUUUCUUUUGCUGUCUUGAGUUUCUUUUUCUACUUGUUUUUUUUGUGUGUGAAUGCUUUGUGUAGCUGUGUGUGGUGUGCAGUACCUGACCUUUAAUAUAAUCAUUUAUUAAUAACCUAAGUGAGGCUGCCCUUUCUUUUUAGUCCUCAAUGGUUAUUAUGGGCAGCCUGUACUCUCUCUAUAUAUUUAGGGACUUGUCAGAAAUUAGAAGGGGGGGAGGAGGUGGAAACAGAGGAAGGGUCACAACUUUUUGAGACUCAGAAAAGGGAGUGGUCAUGAAAAAUGGGCCGUUCAAAGGGGGAGGGUCAUGCAAAUAUAGCCCGUGAUCAUGUAGAGGUUCACCUGCAGAAUAAAAAGGAAGUUCUUUAUUUGGUAAAAAAAAAAGAGACAAAUAAUAAUAAAGAACAACAGAACAUUAUGGAUAUAAACUGUGAAGUACUAUUGCAAGAAUUUAACAAACAUCUACUUUUCAUUUAAUACAGGGCAAUGUUAUAGAGUCUUAUUGCAUUUUUAUUAUGAAUAAUGUUGUUAUUAAUGUUAUUAGAGUUUUGGCUAUCCUAUUCAUCACUGUCUUCAGCGUCACCAUCAAUGCUACUGUGAGCAUCUUGAUCAUCAUAAUUUAUGUCAUCAGCAUUGAUACAAUCACUUUCAUCAUCAUCAUGAUUUUCAUUUAAGUUGAAGCUUGGAUAUUGCUGGAUAAUUUCCUGUUAUUCAUUGGUGAACAGCCCUUCUCAAAGAUGUAUUGGGUAUAUGGCCUUUGUGUUUUGAGGAGCCCACUUAUUCCUUCAUAAUGAAGAGAUAAUGGGCCAAUAGGCUCUGUAACAUUAUGCCACUCUUGCUGAGGUGCAAUGGUUUCAAUAACUUUUUUGCAGUUAGCCUCCAUUCUUUUUGCCCUAGCUUUUUUUUGCCUUCCUUUUAUUUUGUUUUUGUUUCCUUUUUUCUUGUUGGCUUGGAAUACUGCACCUUAAAGAGCCUGGAACAUUUUUCUUUCAAUUCUGUAAGGUGGGGAGGGUCAUGAUAUGUUAGGCCAAGCAUAAGGGGAGGGUUAGCAAAUUUCACUCCCAUUGAAGGGAUGGGUCACCUAAUUUCCAAACCCAAAUUUAAAAUUUCCACCCCCCCUUCCCCCCUGCUAAUUUCUGACAAGUCCCUUAUCUAAUUUUUUUGUAUCAUGUAAAUCAUGUAGGGUACAGCUGGGUGUAAAUAAAGUUGUUGUUGUUGGGUCUUGUUGUUGUUGCUGCUGCAAGCAUUCAUUAUUAUUCGACAGAGACAGACAUUACACACAUGGAUGAUUUUCUAUUUUUUAUAUUCCCGCCAACAUUUGAAAAAGUUGUUAAAUGGGGCUGCCGUUCAUUUGAGUUUUAUUUGCUUGUUCGUGUAAUUUCUUCAUGAAUGCCAUUCGAUCCGGGGACAUUCAAGGGAUGUUACUCAAUAACAUCCGCUGAAAGGACCUUAUUGAUGCGCUAAGAGGCUUGAUCAAGGCGAAACAUUAAAACAGCCUUUCCAAACAGAUGCAGUGGCAUCUUCUUGGUUCAAUCAAUCGAGACAUGAUCGAAACAGCAAGACAAGACCUCGAAACAAACAUCAAAUCAUCAGACAGAUCAGAGUGGACGAUCGAAGCGAAGCUUUCAUGAGUCACAGGGGAAGCCACGAGGCAAACAUGACGUCAUACGUUUACGAAAUCCGACCGAAAGAUAACGAGUGCUGACCCGGUGAAAAUGAUGUUUGAAGUUUGUACGUCGCUAGCGCUCGACAUGACGAAUCCGUUUUUACUGCGUUUCUUGCAUGCUUGUGGUUUGGAAUAAGUUAAUUUCGCGGAGAAGGCGAUAACUAAGAAAAGAAUAGCAAAACUUAUGAAAGAAACCAAAAAAAGACGUCAUUAUUAUCAUUAACACUAUAACCAGGAAAUAAAAGUUUAGUCCGUUCAAUCAGAGAAAAGAAGAACUCAAAACAAAAGAUGGGCGGGAUUUAAUAACAACCUCGACUUUGAUGACUGCCGUCACGAAUACCCGCCGCUUUCGGUCUAUUGAAUGAUCUUGGCCGGGAAACUAAACGUGCUAAAAAACGUACUUUCAAUCAAGAAAAUGCUUAUUUAAUUUCUUAUUAAUUCUUUUACUUCGUUGUUCUUUGGUUGAAGACUUCAAUAAUUUCAGACUGUGGGGCUCGGCUGCAUCUUCUGCGAACACGAAACUUCCAACUGCUAAAUAAAUGGCAUGAAAAUUUCGACUUCUAAAAGCCAUCAAACCAGCUUUCGCUCUCUGAUUCUGAGAAUGAAAUUGUACUAGCAUCAGGUCAGCGGUUAUAUUUAGCGCAUGCCUACUGGAAUAAAGUGUGUUCAUUUGCAUCCACCAUCUUGAGCGUAUGCUGUGUCUUCUCGGAGAACACUUUAUGGUGUCACUUCCUGGAACACCUUAAACCGCCUGAAGCUCUGAUAUUGUCUACAGCCACGAAUAAAGCCGAAGUAUGGCGGCGUUGGAAAAUGUCAUGGGACCUGUACAAAGUUGCGAGCGGACUCGAUCAAAAGGAUUAGAAGAUUCAAGUCGCUACGUUGCUCCACGUGCUUGGCAAGGAAUGUGUGAAAAUUUUUUCAAAUUUUGUGUGGGAUUCCGAGGAUGAUCGGGUUAAAAUUGAGGCCGUCGGGGGAAAGUUCAAAGCUCAUUGUGCACCACUGACCUCGAGGUACUUCAAUCGUUAUUUGUUUAUCGAACGGAAACAGCAAGACGGAGAGACAGUCGAUGAAUUCUGUAGCGCAUUGAAAACACUAGCUAAGAACGGUGACCUCGGUGAUUAAGAAGAAUCUUGGAUUACAUCCAUGUUAGUGCUGGGGCUUAAGGAUCCGUUUUCCAAAGAAAGGUUGAUGGAGAGAGAACAGAGUUUAGAGAAAACAUUGCAAGCAGCUCGCAUCGCCGAAACAACCAAGCAGCACAUGAAGAGCAUAAAAGAAGAGGGUAGCAAAGUUGAGAAAGUGGAUGUAGUGGACGCCAAAGAACAGAAGCCUCAAUGGGGAAUGCUCUGUAGGAGUUGUGGUAUUCGACAUGCCCGAGAUUAAUGUCCUGGGCCCGGUUGCAUAAAACGCCCUUAACAGUUACGGGUAUACGUACGUGUACUCGUAACUUAAGUGAGUUGCAUUAAAUCACUUACGUGGUCCACUUAGGGAUUUCACUUAAGUGACUGCACUUACGAUUUUCGUAAGUAUCCACUUAAGUGUCAUUUAUGCAACAGAAAUUGCGGGUGUUGCAUAAAACUUUUUUUACGGGAAAAAUGGCACGUAAAUUUACGGGACCUAUGUAGGUCCCGUAUCCUUACUGUUUAAAAAAAAAAAAAAAAAACACUUUAUUCACAUUUCCACUACAGGGUUUGUCAAACUUAUUGAAUAAUUAGUAACUUAACACGUAGAAUAUUCAAUUACAAUUUAAACUAAAUAUUAUUACAUAGAAGGAAAUGCCUAGCGGCUAGAUAACCGCAAGGUUUUCGAGCUAGCAACUAGUUCUUUGAAAGUAGUGUCAAAUGUACAGGACAUCACAAUAACUAGACAUACAAAACAUCUUAAGACAUACACACACCAUAAAAAAAAGAAGAAAGCACAUAGAUGGCAAAAAAAGAAGAGAAAACAGUCAUCAUAGUACAUGACGAUAUGAUUAAAAUAAAAUAAUUUCAGUAAGUUAAUUGUUUGGCCAACAAGUAUUCUUUUAAUGUUUUAGGAAAGUUAUAAGUUGAAAGGUCUUUUAUAUGGGUAGGGAGCUGUUGCCACAAUUCGGUCGCCAUAGCCGCUGUUGUUUGCUUUCCUAUAUUGGUCCUGGAACGUGGUUUGUAGAAGUUACUUUUUGAAGCAUAUCUCGUAUUAUAUGUAUGGACUUCACUUGCAUAGCGAAAAUGCUGAUUAAAGAUAUAUGGUAAUUUUUUAGAAUGUCACUGAUGAGUGAAGUUAAGAAGCUGUAGUUUAUAGAUAUUUGUAACAGUAAGUAAAUCCAAUAAAUUAAGUAAUGGUAAUGCACUGUCUGUAUCUGGUCCAAACAAGGUGGCAAAGAACAUAAGGCGGAUAACAUGAUUUUGUUUUGUUUGGAUUUUUUUAAUUUGAGUAGUAAAUGCACUGCCCCAGGAGGUUAUCGCAUAAGAUAUAUAAGGAUAGAUCAGGUUAUAGUAUAGUUGUUUAAGUUGUAAAAGGGAGGUGCAGUGUCUGAGUUUGCCUGAUCGUUUUUGUCAGGGCUUUCAAGAACGUUAUCAAAUAAAUCUCUUUCUUCAAGCGUAAGAACAGUAUCGUACACCCAUGAUCCCACAGCUUUCGCGAAUUCUCGCCUGUCUGUUAAGCCAUAAAAUGGCAGUUCCGAUAAAUAAUUCACAGUCGUGUCAAGUGGUUAUAAUUAAAUAACUUGAACAGUUACUACUAAAGUUAACGAGAUCUUUCACUGAGAAGUGAAAAAAAGUUUUUUAUUUAAGUAAUUCCGUUCUAACGCGGUUUGUUAACCUCUGAUGCUCACUUUAUUUAAAGCCGUCUUUCAGAAAAAAAGUAGAACAUGCAACAAACAUUAUCAGUAAAUAUUCUUGUAAAAUAACGAUGGCAUGGAAACGUAUUUCAACGAAAGUUAACGGACUUGAUGAGUUGCACUCAUAGGAUAUUAAAAUGUCAAUCUUCUUUGCUGAAUGAUCUGAAAAUAUUCAAAAACUGUCAUCAGCUUCAAUAGAUUAUAAGGAUUGUGAAAAAAGAAAAAACGAACAAAUUCCUAACGUUUUUUUCGACCCUCUUCAGUUUCAUUAAUGUCGUCUUGGUACGCUUCAUCAGCAUUGCUGCUGUCGCCCGUAGCUUCUUCUUCAUCAUCGUUUAGAAAAACAUUUCUACAUUUCUAGGAUGUCAAUGAAACGGAAUUCUGAAGAUGAACAAGGCUCUAACCCCAGAAAAAGAGCGCCGAAUUUUAAGACGGAUAAAAUCAUAAUUUUUUUUCGCCGUGAGGUAAAAAGGAGAAAGAUUACUCCAUUCGGUACUUUAUCUCCUACACUGACAUUUAUAUUGAAAAUGCAAACAUGGUUGAAGGUUCACACAGCUAGUAUAGCCGCCGGGUUCCCACCAAGAACCAAGGAACACCUUAAAAAGAAAUGGGAGGACUUGUCGUCAGCCACUAAAGCCAAAUACGCCAAACGAAAGAAGACUGGGGUGCAGGUGCAAUAGAGUGGACUGAUGGUGACCAGCUAAUCACCGAGAUACUCGGAAAAGAAAAUCCCUACCCCGUAUCUAUGGUUGGUGGAAUAGACUGUGGGGAUAAUAUCCAAGCCAGAGAACACACCCUUGAUGCUUCAAGUGGCGCCAUUGAGAAAUAAAGCCUAUCGUCAACUUCAUCUUACCUUCCAGUAGGCCCAGAUAGGGUGGUUGAAUUAGAAAGUGGCUAGAGAACUUCGGAGAAGGAGUACGAAGAAAGCCUUUUAAGGGAAGAAGAAACAAAAUAACCAAACUGUACCUGAUUCCGACUCUGUUAGGGAACAAGGACAUAGAGAAAGGAACAUUAAGAAGAUAUAUGAAGAGCAUUUAAAAGAAGAGCAUGAUGUCAAAAUGAGAAUUCUAAAAAAGAAGGAACAGCGGCUUGAUCUUGAGUUGAAGUUGUUUAGACGAAAACUUAACAUUAACAAGUAGUUUAGAACCUGUGCAGAUAUUACAUUAAUAAACUAUUUUUUAUUAUGUCGAAAGCUCUCGGUCGAAUAAUUUUUUUUUGGUUAAAUGAUGACACACUUUUUUCUGUCUAUAUAAAACGUUAUCUCAUCUGGCUGAAUUUAUCAUCUAAUUUCUUUACACCCAUCGAUGGUUAGCUUAAAAAAAAAAAUAGAGUGGGUCACUAAUAAAGUACUAUAUCAAAGUUACCUGUGCCCUUAAGUGAGCCCGUAAGUUACCAAGUAAAAAAGCAACUUACCAGAGUGCUAAGUGCGUUCCAUGCAACACCCGUAAGUGUCCCCAUAACGGAUUCGUAAGUGACCUACUUAAGUGAGCACUUAAGUGCAGGUUUUAUGCAACCGGGCCCUGCUGCUGAGCGACGCUGCCACAAGUGCCAAAAAAUGAACCAUUUUUCAAGGAUGUGUCUUACCCCAGAUGGACAAAAGAAGCAGGUAAACACUGUUGAUGAUUGUGACUCUGACUCUGAAGUUAUUUUCAUUGGAGCAGUCAAUGCAGGAGACAAAGACUGGGUUGAAACUGUCAAUUUUGGAACUGUUCAAGAAGUCUUUAAACUAGAUACUGGGGCCCAGUGCAAUGUCUUGACCAAAGCCGCAUAUGACAAAAUUACAACAAACCCUUCGCAACCUUCCUCGGCAAGAUUAGAAAGUUACUCCAAAACUUGUAUUAGACCUGUUAGAAAGUGUGAGUUGCCUUGUUGGGUGCGUGGGGAAAGGUAUCAAGUAUGUUUUCAAGUGGUUGAUGGAGAUUACAUGCCCCUGCUGGGUAGAUCAUCCUGUGAGAGUAUGGGCCUAAUCCAGCGCAUAAAUGCUAUUGAAAGUGUCAGUAUCCUUGAUGAGUUCCCUGAAGUAUUCCAAGGACUUGGGUGCCUCCCAGAGAAAUAUCACAUUAGUGUUAACGCCUCUGUUCCUCCUGUGGUCCACCCACCCAGACGAGUUCCUCACUCCAAGCGAGUCCCACUGAAGAAAGAGUUUGAUCGGAUGGAGAAUGUUGGCAUCGUAGAGAAAGUUCCCUUGAAUGAACCUGCCGAUUGGGUAAGCAGCCUUGUUUGUGUUGAUAAACCGGAUGGGUCUAUUCGUGUAUGCUUAGAUCCUAAAGAUCUUAAUGUUGCCAUUAAAAGAGAACACUACCCUUUGCCAGUGGUAAGUGACAUCACAACUAGUUGUUCAGGAGCCACACUAUUUUCAACUUUGGAUGCAGAAAAAGCAUUCUACCUGAUCCAGUUAGACGAGGAGAGUAGCAAGCUCCUGACAUUUAAUACCCCUUCGGGAGGUAUAGAUACCUGAGGAUGCCGAUGGGGAUUAAGUCUGCUCCUGAAGUUUACCAACAAAGAAUGGAGCAAGUCUUUGAAGGACUGCCGGGUGUGAAAGUCAUCAUGGAUGACAUAAUCAUACAUGGUCGAACUGGGCCGGAACAUUAUACACGGUUGAGGGCUGUUCUGCAGCGUGCCAAAGAUAACAAUCUCAGAUUGAAGAAGUCAAAGUGCCAUAUACAACAGGAAGAGGUGAAGUUCCAUGGCCACUUGUUCUCCCAUGACGGUUUGAAGACAGACCCAGAGAAGGUCAGAGCCAUAGUUGAAAUGCCAAGGCCAACAGACAAAUCUGGUGUACAAAGAUUGUUGGGGAUGAUCAACUAUGUCAGUAAAUUCAUCCCCAACAUGUCUGACCUUACUGCACCAUUAAGACAGUUACUACACCAAGAUGUUGAGUGGCACUGGGAAGAACAGCAGGAAGCUAGUUUUAAAGCAAUCAAGGAAUCGCUUGUCCGUGCCCCUAUUUUAGGAUAUUAUGAUGCAAAGAAAUCCCUGACACUACAAGCUGAUGCCAGUUCAACUGGGCUGGGUCCAGCAUUGAUUCAGGAAGACCGACCAAUAGCUUAUGCCUCAAAGGCACUUCCGCCCACUCAAGAGAGGUAUGCACAAAUUGAAAAGGAACUUUUGGCAGUAGUAUUUGGCUGUGCCAAAUUUGCAGAGUGCAUCGUGGGUCGUGAUGUCACCGUUGAAUCAGAUCAUAAACCUUUGGAGGCAAUUAUGAGGAAGCCCUUACACGUAGCACCCUUACGGCUGCAACGGAUGUUGGUCCAACUCCAGCGCUUUCCAGGAAUCAGUGUGGUAUACAAGCGUGGAGACAGCCUACAUUUAGCGGAUGCUUUGUCUCGAACCCAUUUGGAAGAACAGCUGACGAAUGCUGAGCAAUUGGACAUAAACGUAGUAGAGGAUGUUAUCUCUGACCACCAGUUGGCCCGUUUCGCUGAGGCAACUAAGGAAGAUGCGAUUUUGUCUGACCUGCAACAAGUUAUUUUGUCGGGUUGGCCAGAUUCCAAAGGUCAAGUCCCACCCAAUGCACAGGAGUUUUGGAAUUACGGUGAUGAAUUAACAGUAGCCCAGGGACUGAUCGUUAAGGGACAAAAGAUUGUUGUGCCAAGUACCUUGAGAAGAGAGAUGCUUGAGAAACUGCAUGAGGGACACCUGGGUAUCAACAAGACAAUAGCGAGAGCACGGGACGUAUUGUUCUGGCCCAGGAUGAGUGUGGAGAAUACCGAGAAGAUUAAAAACUGUCCUGUAUGUCUAGAAAAUCGACCAAGUCAGCAGCCUGAACCAUUGAAGUCGCACGAGAUUCCACCAUUGCCUUGGGGUAAGGUUGGCACAGAUAUUCUGCAUAAGAAUGGUCGGAACUACCUCGUUACUGUCGAUUAUUACUCCAAGUGGCCAGAAAUGACUUUACUCCCGUCAAUGACAAGCACCGGAGUAAUUACAGCUCUUAAAUCCCAGUUCGCGAGAUAUGGAGUCCCUUCAGUUGUCGGUUCUGACAAUGGCCCCUGUUACAACUCUGCAGAAUUUAGGACGUUUUCAGAAGACUGGGGUUUUGAACACAUCACUUCAAGUCCUCGCUACCCACAAUCCAAUGGCCAGUCAGAGAGAACCGUCAAGACCGUUAAAGCAAUGCUGGAGAAAGCUGGUGAUCCAUAGAAAGCUCUCUAUUCUUACAGAAAUACACCUCUGGAGGAAGUUAAUCUGUCACCAUCACAAAUGCUAAUGGGCAGACGUUUGCGAACUGAGGAUUUGUUGAAACCUCAACUCUAUGACCCUGAAGAUGUCCUCCCUAAGUUAAAAGAAAGGCAGAGAAAGCAGAAGCUGCAGCAUGACAGAAAAGCAAAAGAACUGCCCCCUUUGAGGGGUGGUGAGGUUGUAAGAGUUAGAGAAGGCAACAAGUGGAAACCUGCCAGAGUUACACAGGUUCUUCCCUCACCCAGAUCUUAUAAGGUUGAAACAGAGCGUGGAGAGUACCGAAGAAACCGUCGACAUUUAUUAAGAACUGAAGAGUCUCAGAUCCCAGAAAUUACCCCUACACCGGAAGUCUUGAAUGAUGAGGACCUGACAGACACCGAAGUUGAGCCAUCCUCUGUUAGAGUGGCCCACGAGAAUCCUGUAACACCGCCAACCGGAAUGUCUACGGCUACUACCACGCGGUCUGUUCGGACAAUUAGGGAACCGCAGAGAUUUAAGGACUAUGUUAAGUAUUAGAUACAAAGCAGACACUUUUCAGCUUUUAAUUUAACCUUUCUGUUUUCAGUUUUCAGGAAAGGACACAUUGCUCUCGUUGCAGCAUUGUCUCGUGUUUCUUUUUUCUGUUUCCUUUUUUUUAUUGUUACGGUUUGUUUGUUAAAUUCAAUAAUUUCAGUUUCCUUUGUUUCUUAAAAAAAGGGGGGAUGUAGCAUCAGGUCAGCGGUUAUAUUUAGCACAUGCCUACUGGAAUAAAGUGUGUUCAUUUGCAUCCGCCAUCUUGAGUGUAUGUUGUGUCUUCUCGGAGGACACUUCAGAAAUAUUUAAAUAAAUAGAGUUUUCAACUUGCUGCCAACCUCAACAGUAUAAUUAAGCUUAAGGUGUUUCAUGGCAAUCUACUCAGAAGACCUUCAUUAAAAAAAAAAAAACGAACUCACUGGUAAAUAAAACUACAAAGCGAUUGUGUGUUGUCGUUUUUCAGAUAAAGUCAAUAAAGCUCGAAGCGGUGUUUAAGACAUGGAGACUGAGAAAUUGAGAAACCGAAAAUUAGAACUACAAUACAUAAGUUUGCAAUGAUAACUUUUUAUGUCCUAGUUUCAGCCAAGUUAAGUGAAAAAUGGCAGUCAAAAACUUUGUUUUCGUGAAAGAAAAUCAGUUUACCUGACGCUCAAAUUAGCCAAAUUACUGAAGUUAUUAUCACCUUACCUUUUUUGAAUCUAAUCAAGUAAUUGUUUCAGUGAUCUGUGCCUUGUUUAUCCAUAAAAGCAAAUUCAUUGGUCAAAAACACGAGUAGCAUAAAGCAGAACAACUGCACCGAAAGCUGUACACAGAAUGAAGCCGAGCGCGCGGAAGACUUUGAUUGGAAAGUGUGACUGAAAAAGUGACCGGAAAUGCUUAACCUGGCGCAUGCGUAGACGUUUUGCCGAGGUGUUCUUUGAAGGCGGUCCUGGAAAACUCCCUUGGAUUUGUGGGCUCCAUUUUCGCUGAAGAAAGCUCCCUUGCAAGAGCCAAACAUGUACGGUGAACAGUCGAGUUUGCGGAUAAACUUCUUCGUAUAAGAAGAUUGCGAAAACAAAGCGAUAGAUGCUGGCCUUUUGUUGGGCACAAAAUUACUUUUUUGUGUCAAAUCCCAGACAAACCUUCGAAUAAGUCGUGGAACUGGUUCGUUAAGAGUAGCAUUCCAGCGGCUCUCUCGCCUGUUCUUGAAAACUUUCGAGGAUGCUUCUACUAAAAAAAAAUAAUCUUUACAAGUGCCCACGAAAAUAUUUCACAUAGUUCAUGUUGAGUUGUUUGUGAAUUUUCCUAAUGUAGCUGUUGUUCACAUGGGCUUUCAUAGCAAAGAAAGAAAACCUGAACAACAGAACAAAUCUUCAUGUUAAAGUACGCAAAGGCACCUAAUACCUACUAAAAUGUACAUGUUCGUUUGAGUUAUGGAACGGACACUUAAGGUGGCUGAACACAGUUUUGGCAGUUUGUGAGUAUAUGUCAUUUGCCAAGUCAUGGCAAGAGAAAGGUUGCAGCUCACAAGCUGAAACUUGGCAAGUGAAAAAUAUACUGAUGAAAGAUUCUGAUUGACAGGUAAAACUUGAAGUUUUCGCAGUUUCCAUGGCAACAUGAAUGAUUGCAUACAACCUUAAAAUUUCACUUUUCUUCAGUUUACAUAAAAUUUGCUCAUUAGAUUUUCCUAUAAACUUGCACACAGCCUCCUAUAACUAAUCAUUACCAGUUGAAGCUUAUUUGAUCAAAUUUUAACAAACGGACUUUUAGAUAAUCAAUAAUAUAAUUGUAUUGUAAUUAUUAAAUGUGUCACGAAAUCCGUCUGUUCAACUUCCAUUUUAAAGUUUUCAUUAUCUAAAAUACGAUAAAAGUAACAAUUUUGCCAAAUAUCACAAAAUGAGCAGAUUUUGAGAAAUCGUCUUCUGUGUACCAUUGCUUUUUCGCCGCCAUGUUUGUUUGUCUAAUUAAAAACACGCGCGCUCAUGCGAGUUACCGCUGACCGCCCGCAAAACUGUGUUCAGCCACCUUAAAAACGUCGAUCGUAAGAAGGCAAUCAAUUUUUUGUGACUUGUUCACAAUAUAAUCUCGAUAAUUAAAGAAAAGUUAUUCCAGACACACACACAGAAAUUAAAAAGUUUCUGGCGCAUCCCUAAAUUAUUAAAUCCUGCCGUCCCGCAUUUGGUUUUGAUCUAAUUCCUUCUCACUUUAAGUAGAUCCUUUUUUUAAAGUGGUAUAAUUCUAAUUGUCGUCGAUACUUACGGUCGGUCCAUUUAUAUGGCUUGCAGUCUGUCCCAAUAUGGCAACCCUGAAUGAGACAUCAGGAGUUCUUACUAGUCCUUACUAUCCAAGGCGUUACCCUCCUAACGAGAAAUGCAGCUGGAAAAUUACAGCAAGUAAAGGAGAACGCAUUGUGUUGGUCAUUGAAGACCUUCAUAUUCGGUCCUGUGGUUCAUCUUGCACGUGUGAUUACCUGGAAAUUCAAAAUGGCUCAUCAACUGAUGGCAUUUCAGGCAGGCGAAGAUGUAGAUACUAUAAAGACCGUGGGAUAAUAUACCAUUCAGCAAAAGAUGUCCUGAGGGUGACGUUUGUUUCUGAUAGUAAUACUUACCGGGGGUACCGUGGAUUUAGGGCAAUUUACACGAAAGCGAAAUAUAAUGCAACAACCACCGGUAAGUUAUUAGAAAUUGGCUUUAAACGCAAAGUUAAAGGUUUUUUUGCAGGCGAUUAGGUGAUCAAUUUUCAAGAAAGUUAUAUAAAAUAUUAUUGCCUUGAUUAUAACAAGCUUGUAGCAACUGUCAACGCACAUCGGAGUAAAACACCCCAAACUAAAAUGCCGAUGGAAUGCCAACAAUUUUCAUUCGCAUGAUGUUAAAAGUAUUUGGUGGAAAAUCUCCUAUUUUCUUAUGCUUAUCUAUCUUUCGAUUGAGUUUUUUGUUGUUGUUGUUGUUUUUGGUUCACAGACAGAUUACCCUUUGAUUUUAUAUUAUAAAGCUAGUUUAUUUCCUCUUGUUGCAGCUUGUACAUCUGGCGAAUAUCUUAAUGGAUUUAGUGGAUUCUUUUCAACUCCAAAUUUUCCCGGUGACUAUCCUCAAUACAGCAUAUGUAUCUGGAAUAUCACAGUUCCAAGCGGGUACAUCAUUAAACUCAGCUUCGUCAACUUUCAAUUAGAGCCGCAUCAGUACAUCCCUUGCUAUUAUAAUGCUCAAAAAGCCCGUGUUACAGUCACAAAUGUUGCUUCAGAUGGCCAGUAUCAACCGUUCAUGCUGUGCGGUCAGGAACUUCCUUAUCCAGUGUACUCAGUGGGGAAUUCAAUGCAAGUUAUAUUCACGUCUCUGCGCAGUCAAUACUCAGGGUUUAAUGUAACUUACAUGGCUAUCACUUAUAGUUCAGGUACGUGGUAUAUAUUAUUUAUAAGACAUCAAUGAUUGAGUUAAGAUUCGAAAAAAAGCAUCAUCAACAACAACAACUCGCCUCAUAAAUGGUAAUCCAAGAAUGUCUUGGAUUCGGGAUUCCAUACCGUGGAUUCUGGAUUGUAAGUACUGGAUUACGGAUGUCAAUGGAAUUAAGCCCCCGUUCAGACCCCGAACUUUCCAUGAGCCGAACCUAAUACAUUGAAGCAAGUACAUCGAAAGUUUGGCGUCUGAAUUGAUUAGUAACACCUGUUUCAAUUUGGAACGGCUCAGCCGUUGUUUUCGCCUGGCCCGGGCGGGAAUUUCGCCUUAGAACAGCUUUAAUUCAGCCGCCAAAAUUUUCAUGUACCGAACCUAAUGUAUAAAUUAUUAUGGCGUAUUUGGCGUCUGAAUCAAUUCAGCCGGUCUAAAUAAUUUGGGUCGGCCUUAAUUCGAAUUAGGUUCGGCUCAUGAGAAGUUUCGCAACUCAACCGGAACUUAGAUUCAGGAUUCCAAUCAUAAGUAGGAUUCUGGACUCUUCGAGUACAAUCUCAGAUUCCAAAUCCCAGGAUUCCGCAUUCCGCAAGCAAAUUGUUUAAAUAUCCGAUUCCGGUGUCCGGAUAACCUUACAUGGAGGGAAACACAGCCAUAAACAAAGAAACAAAAAGAAUUACUUUUUAUGGAACUAGGUCGAUCUCUCACUAUCAGGCAAUUUGGGUACUUACCAGGCGAUCAAAAAAUUGACUUAGAAAAUACCGUCAGUGGCAUCUAAGCGUGGACAGCAGAAAAAAAAAAAUUUUCUAAUGGUGUGCCAGACAUCGCGUAUUUUGCCGCCAAACAUUUGGGGCCGGUUAUUUAAACGGAGUCUAAGUUAACCCGUGUUUAAGGUCAAGCUGCAAUUUAGACGUUGUCUCGAUAAACAACGGUUAAACCAUGUUUGAAAUGCAUUAUCAAAACGUGACUGAGCCGUGUUUUUUCCAGUCAAAGGCUAAACAAUGUCUCAAAAGGAAAUGCAUUGUCUGUGGGGGUUAUUUGUAUGCACAUUUAAUUCCUUGCUGGAAGUUGUGACUCAAUAAGGUCUCUAAAUCCGGUCGAAAAACCAAUUUUAGCAAAGAAGAAAAACUUUUAAUGGCGGCAUUGGGAAGAGUAUUUCCAGAAGCAAAAAAAUAAAGUAUACGACAAUAAAAGCUUUCAAAAAUUCAACUCUCAAAAUCAAAACGGUAUCAAACGGGAAAUGAAUCAGAUCCAAGGAUGCCGGAGGCGGCUGAAACUCCAAUUCAAGAAAGAACACGAUUUGCAAAGUCGUGAAGCAAGAAAAACUAGUGGAAGAAAAGCUCUUAGUGAUCUUGAAGUUAUUCGCAGGAAAGAAGCAAAUGUCAGGAAAAAGGACAGAAAAGAAGGAUAGUCAGGAGUACCGCAGUAAUUUUCGAACGCCCCCCCAAAAGGAAAACUCUCUCUUAAUAUAUGUUAGGUUCUCAGGGAAUGACAAGGAAUGUUCUUUUUUUGUUUCGCGAUAGCCCAUGAAACCUUGUAAAUGCAGCAAAUACACUGCACCAAAUAAAUCGCCGAUAACCUGCCAGAAAGUUCACACCCGUUGUAUAAAAUCUCAAAGCAAUAUGAAAUUAUGGCAGCAACGGUGCAAGCGGCACACCAGUCUUCUUGUUGAAAGAUCUUCAUUCAAAAAUUUUAAGAGGUCAAUUACCGAGUCCUUUUUAAGGCCAAAAAGUAAUCGAAAAUCUUCGUCAUCAUAUUUCUCCAAAGGGUAAAACCUGUCCCUGUGGUGUGGAAUUUGUUGAACAUGCAUUUUACCCUGCGGUAGUCUCUUUUCCCCUUAACUCUCUGUUGCGCACAGUAUUCCGCCCGAUUUGAGGCCAUUUCAUUCAUUUUGGAUGGCGAUGAAAAAACCGUUAAACAACGUUUAAACCUACCUGUGAGCGGGUUUAACUUUCUAUUGUUCCUUAAUCGAUGUUUAGACGGCACGGUCUAAAGAAGGUUACGGAAGAACAGCGUUUAAACAAUCGGUUUUUAUGGUUUAAACAUGGGUUAGACGACGACUUUCAUAAACGCUGUCUAACCUUGGUUUAAAUAAAUGACCGGCCCUUAAAGUUUGACAGCCGUUACGUGUAAAGCAAACUGUCUCGCCAAAGGUAAGUUGUUUUUACGUUUUUGAUUAGCGCGUUCCGCUAAUAUUUCAUUUUUCGUAAAUUUCAGGCAUAUUUAUCGCUCAGAAACGGCACACUUGCUUCCAGAAAUUAUUCUUAACGUGCAGAAAUUCUUGCAAAGAAUAUUUUGUUGAGCGAAAAAAAAUCAAGUCGACAGCAGCCGCCUACUUCAAACUUCGAGUGUUUGCCGGCAAAACAUAUAUGUUUGCACCCAUUUAGAACAUGUUUUUUCCUCACGUGUACACGCGCGCUUAGAUGCAAAUGACGGUAUUGACGUUUUUAAUUAGUGCUUGAAAAUGUAGAAGAGCAAAAGAGCUGAUAGAGGAAUAACGAAAUGCGACAGGGAACACGAUGGGUAAAACUGAACAAGAUAUUGCAUUAGAACGCCAAGUUUGUCCUCUUAUUUGUACGAAUUCUGAUGCUCCAGAAUAAUCGAUCUUGGAGAUUACAAUUUUGUCAGCCAAAGGGGUCUCUUCCGCCAAUUUGAAGCUAAGUUUAAAGCUCAGAGUUACCAAAGACAGAUAAAAUUACCGAAAAUACCGCGGGUUAUAGUUAAAGCCUUAAAAUUACCAAGAAAUACGGGAUAACAUAAACUCGUGCUGGAAAGAAAAGUAUUGUAGCACUUUUCGUAAUCGAUGGCAGGAAGCAAGAUGUUUUGUCAGUGAGAAGUAUUUUGUAUUUAAGCACCCUUAUGAAUCAAGCAUGGAACCUUUAUCUAUCUUAGUAUUUCAUUAAAGCAGAUACACUAAGCCGUUUUCAGAUGGAUUCUGGGAUAUUGAGACGACAGUAAAGAAGUGCUCUUAAAAAUAUUGAUGGAAGAGUGGGGAAGGAGAAGAUCUGCUUUGGCAAGAAAUUAAGGGUGUUAAUAAGAAAAAAAAAUGUUUGGAAUAUUUUUUUCUAAUGUACUCCAAGAGAUGUGUGUAAUAUUCUUUUACAGUCUGUCCAAAUAUGACAACCUUGAAUGAGAUUUCAGGAGUCAUCACCAGUCCUUUCUACCCCAGAUAUCAUUCUAUUAACAAAAGCUGCAGCUGGGAAAUCAGGGCAAGAAAAGGAAAACGAAUUAUAUUUACCAUUGAAGACAUGGAUUUUAAUUGGUGGUGCAGUGGAGUAUGGUCUUGCUCGUGUAAUUAUUUGGAAAUUCAAGGUGGAUCUAUUUCAGGCUAUGAUGGUCCCAAAUGGCGUGUAUGUGGUCUUUUAACAGCCAACGCAACGUAUGAUUGGUUUAAAGAGAGAAUUAAAGUACUAUUUGUCUUCGACGGUGGUCAGUUACGAUGGGGCCGUGGAUUUAAAAUAUCAUAUACUCAAGUAAACUACAGUGUGUCCGGUAAGUAA